CGAUUUUCAAGAACGAUCUUUGUCAGCUGGUCAAUGUAUAUGUAAAUGUGACAACAAUAAAUAAAUUUAUGCAAAAUGCCGUUUAUGAUAGGCAAGGAGCCCGUGCGGCGAACAUUGAAAUAUCUAAUGUCCGGUCCGUUGGUUUUAAAGGAUAAAAUACAGAUAUUAGCCAUCAAUUAUAAUACACAUAGUGAUCAUCAUCGAGGUGCAAGAGACUUUAUAUUUUGGCAUUUAUCGCAACUGCAGUAUAAAAAUCCAACCGUGCAAAUAGUUACUUAUAAAAAUAUGACACCGUCGCCAUUCAUAAAAUGCUACUAUGAAGAUGGAAAAACAAUGUUAAUAGAUAUAGAUAGUAAAUCAAAGGACGAAAUACUUCAGCAUCUUGUAAGAGUAGUAGGAAAAUCAAAAGCAACAUUAAAACAAGAAGCUUUAACCAAGGAAGAGAAGGAUAAUCCAGCAAAUUUUGGAGUAAAAUGCAAAAAAAGCUGUAUGUGUCAUAUCCCAGGACAAGUGCCAUGUCCUGGUGUAGUACCUUUACCACAUCAUAUGCGUGGAAAGUAUAUAAUAGAAAAAUUACAGAAUAAAGAGUAGACACAAGCUAUUAAAAGUUAUUAAAAAUUCUUAUUAUAAUUGUAUUAUAAUAAUUGGAUGUUAUAUAAAUCAUUAUUUAUCCAAAAAACAUGAAUAGUAAAAGUAAUUUGCACAUCUCAAUAUUUUGUUACAAAGCAUCUCACAAAUAUGCGUUUAUUAUAAAAAAGAUUUUCACAUAUUACGAAAAUACAUCAAUGUAUAUAUUAAGUAUUAUCAAACAUGAAUUUCUAGUUGUAAUGUUUCUAGUAUUUGUUUAUAGGAAUUUAAAAUAUUCACAUAUUUAUCAUAGGAAUCAUAUUUCAUUGCUUAUCAGCAUUGCACAACACAAAAUGUAUAUAAAAUUUUU